AUGUCCCAGUACCAUUCCCGUACGCCGUCUGGCCAUCCGGGACCCAGAUCACCAGCACCACCUCCAGCUGGUCAACCCGGUCCACCCCCAAGCACUUUCGAAACUCAUGAGAUUCCACCAUCAGAACGGCUUCAGAUUCCAGAUAUUCGAAUCAAACGUUCCGGAUCAGCUACACCACUACAGUUUGGUUCAACUCCACAAAACUACUCUGGACCACCACCUCAAAACUACAGUGCUAAUAAUCCUCAAAAUUUCGGACCAUCACCACAAAACUAUGGUCCGUCUGAACAUAACGUGCCUGUCCGUGCUCACGGCCAGCCUCCAGCCGCAUUCCAGAACGAUGCAUUCUUUAAUGAAAGAAUCACAAUCCCUCGACCGGUCGCUAUGAACGAACAAGAGCACUUUUCUACCGAAGAGUACGACAACAAGGACCGCGGGAACAUUGAUGAAGAGGAACAUUCGUACGACAAGCAAGUCCGUCAUUCUCACUUCCGUUCCGGCUCACUGCCAGCGAGACGUUUUGGCGAACGCUCAUUGUUUGCCGACCGGUCGAUGUACGAUGAGCGUGGUGAUGCCGCAGCUCGAGGUGGUGGCUAUCAUUACAGAUGGAACUAUCAUCAUGGACCAGAGAGACGAGAGGCUCUACCUCCACCUGGAUAUGAACAUAGAGAACUGACUAAUGAACCGUGGAGAGAAUAUGAACAGAGAAGAGAGACGGUUAAUUCAGAGAGAUUCAGGAGUGAACAGGCUUUCAGAGAGGAGCAACAGAGACGAGAGGAGGAAGAGAGAAGACGGUUUGGGAGUAGUCAGCAGAGAAGUCAGGCUUACAGAUCGGCUAGUGUUGGUCCGGUUGGAAAUGCAGGUAAAGGUAGUAUAAAGCAGGGUUGUGUGGAGCAGGGUAGGGUACAGUAGGGUUCACUAAAGUUGAGUAAAGUAGGAUAAAGUAGGCGUAGGAUAAAGUAAAAAUUCAAAAAAAAAUUUUGAAAAAAUAAUCAAAAUUUUAGGAGAACGCUACGCCUACGAAGAGCACUACAGUGGUGGUCUAGGCUCAAACUACCGACCAGAGUACUCAACCACACUUCGUCGUGACGCCCGUAGUCAACAACGAAGCUCUCACAUGCAAAGUCAAGGUCGCCAAGCUGGAGGUGGAUCUUCAGGCUGGGCCUUCUCAUCAUGGGGCAACGGUAAUCGCUACGGCCAACCGAUCAAAGAGCAACGCUACAAGAAGAUCAGAUGUUGUUGCUUUAGUUUCUACUGGCCUCCAUGGGGAUACGAGGAUUCUGAGCCUCCACGGCCAAUGUAUCCUAAGGCGCCUGGUCCUCCGCCAACGCCAGCUCAUCUCGGACCUCCACCACCGCUUGAAGACUAUCAUGGUGGACCUCAGAAACGGCCAUACUAA